GUAGUCGGUAGUCUGAUACAGGCUUUACGCCUUUGUGCGUGACGGAGUGCGCCACGACUUCGGUACAAAAAUUCGUGUUUUUUCCUAUUCCGUGUCGGUGAGUUGGUUUGCCUCGGUUUUGUGUGAAAAAUAAUGAUGAGAAAACGAAGCUUAUUGAAAGAGAGGAUAGAAAACUUGAUGAAGAUUAGGAUACUGCAGUAUCCUCAGAUAUUAGAAGAAGCGGCGGCGAGAUCAAAGAGAGAGUUGAGACAGGCCCGCACGCACGUCUCUCAUAGUAGAGAACGCUUUGAGGCCGGACGUCUAGAACGAUGUUGCGAGAUGAGCUCAGAACUGAGUUUCAGGAUGGCAAAUAGCGAUAAUACGUUUGGCUUUGAGCUCUUCUCCAAAUUGCAUCAUUGUGAAAUCCAGAAAAAAGAAGACAUAAUAAUUAUAUUUGUGCACUGGUAUUUGGUAAAAUAUGGAUUUCGAUGUAUCGGCAUUGGGGAUAGUAAUGUUUUCAACGCAUCGCAGAAAGGAUCAGAAUUACUUCCAAAAGACUGGAAUACUGGACCUAGUUAUGCAUUACGUUAUGUAAAAAAUGAUACAUUGUACUUAUUCAGUGGAAUCAAAUCAGAUAAUGAGAUACUUAUAAACCUUGUGAAACUUGAUAAUGAUACUAUUUCUAAUAUUGCAUUUCCAAUUGAAGAAACUGUAUCUGCAUUACAUGGAUCUCUAAAAACUGUGAUACCAUCCUAUGAGACCAUUUUACAUCAAUUACAAAAUGAACUUUUAAAACCAUUUAUGCUGACAGAAAAUACUAUGGAAGCAGGGACUCAAACAAAUACAGGCAGUACUUUUUCACUUCCAACAAAUUCUAGAAAUCCACGGACAUAUGAAUCUAUCUGGAAUCCUUUACAGCGCCCACCUAACGUUGAUCCUGGAAGAGUAGGUUCAGCAGAUCUUUAUCCGCCACAUGGUGGACAUAUCGGUGGUAUGAUAUUCGAUCCUUUCAGCAAUCGUCCACGUGUUCUAGAUGAAGGUCCAGGAAUACCCGGAAGAUUGCCGCCAGGUGCGGUGCCACCUGGUGCGAGAUUCGAUCCGUUUGGUCCACCCGAUUUAAACGUACCAAGGUCAGAUCGUCGUAGACCCGAUAAUGACGACUUCCUUCCUCCGAGAUUUAUGGGUGAUGAUAUGUUCAUGUAAUAAAAAUAAAUUGUACGUGCAACGUGAAGUAGGCCGUAAAUAUGCUUUUUAUAUAUAUAUAUAUAUAUAUAUAUAUAUAUAUAUAUAUACUAAUACGGCAUAUCUAAUUACUUUGUAGCGAUGAUAUACGUAUUUCUUAAUAUACCGGUUAUAAGAGAAUGAGAUGCGUGUACUAUAAAUAUUCCGCUAGAAUAAAAUUAGAAACUUUAUUUUUACAGUACACAUCAGAUUAUAAGAAUCAUUAUAAAACAUCAUUCUUUAUUUUUUCACAAAACAACAUCAUUUCUGUUUUAUUUCAUCACUGACGUUUACAAUGUAACAAAACGAGCGUUUGUUAAAUUUAAUUAAAGAUAAUCGUAAUAGAGAGAGAGAGUAAUGGGUAGGAGAAAUUGCAUUAUGAAAUUAAACAGUAAAGCAAUCUUCGUUUAAAUUGCGCUAACUCGUUACUUUUAUUUUUUUUUUGUAUAAUCAAUUUGUAGGGGAGUGAUUGUUCUUAUUUUAUUACGUCGGUUCAAAAUAGAGGAUUUCUUUGCUAUCUAAAUUGUUCUUGCUUCGAAUAUUCACAUUAGACACGUAAUUAAACGUAAGUGAUUUUUCUCAUCGACGUGUGGAAAAUUAUCGUAUUAUUUAUAUCAUCAAAUAGCUAUUGGAAAAAGAAAGAUUUAUCUUGAUCGUAAUUGCGAUUACAUUUCUUCUUUGAACGGUAUUAAUUUUUGCAGCGACUCGAUUCAUUUCUUCGAGGAACACAACAUCCCACGCUCUUGUGUGUAUUGUUUAUAAAUAGAGUUAUUGCACAGCAGUAUGAUUUCAACAUGUUAAAUUGUAAUUUAACAUUUAACUUUUCAAAUAAAACGUGCAUAAUUUUCUACACAGAACCGUUAGCAUUUACAUUUAGCAUCACAGUUUGAACACCGCAAUUAUCGCUCUAUACUAUUUCUCAGUCUGUGCUUUUUUUAUACACAAAAGGAUAAACGUAUCACAGAUAUAAAAAAAAGGCGAAAAUAUUUCAUAUUUAUAGUUAUUUAUCAAAUUAACUAUACGACUUGAAGAAGUGAAUCGGUGUGCAAAAGCAAUAGCUAAAUGAUGAAAACAAUUGCAUGGUAACUUUUUUUUUGAGGUCACGCCUACUCUCUCGUACGAUGCUGGCGUGCCUGUUUAAAAGGGGGGUACCAUUUAAAAAGAAAACUCGUCCAAUUGCUUUAACUAUCAUAAUUAAACUAGAGGUGAACAAUAAAAAGUAUGUACUUUUGUAUC